CGCCGGGAGAGGAGAAAAGCGGCGCGGAGGGGAGCGGGCCGGGCAGCGUAGCGCGGAGCAGCCCAGCCCAGCCCAGCCCAGCCCGGCGCGGCGCGGCCGGCCUCCUCGCCAUGGUGCUGGUGGUGGUGAUGGGUGUGAGCGGCUCGGGGAAGACGACGGUUGGGUCGCGGCUGGCAGCGAAGCUGGGGUGGAAAUUCUACGAUGCAGACGAUUAUCAUUCUCUCGAGAAUAAAAAGAAGAUGGAAGAGGGGAAACCAUUAAAUGAUGAGGACAGGAUGCCCUGGCUUUGUGCACUGCAUGAUAUACUAAGGAGAGAAGACGCAUUUGGACAAGAUGCAAUUCUGGCCUGUUCUGCACUGAAGAAGAUGUAUAGGUAUGUGUUACUUAGUGGAGCAUUUGCAAUUGCAAGCAACCAGCCAGAGGAAUCGGGAGAAAAUGAAGCACUGAAGAUCCUCUUUGUUCAUUUGGAUGGGCCUACAGACAUCAUUGCUGGCCGCCUGGAGAAGAGGAGAGGACAUUUUAUGCCACCUGAACUACUCAAGUCUCAGUUUGAUACUCUGGAGCCUCCUAGUGCACCAGAAAACUUUAUUACUGUCAGUCUAGAAAAAUCUCUCCCUGAAAUAGUGCUGGAGAUUGAGAGCGUAAUUUUUCAGGGUGAGGCUUUUCUGGAGUAAGUUUCUAAACUACACAUGCAGAAACUCCCUUAAGGAUAUCAAAAGUAUGAAACAGCAUUUUAAUUAUUAAAUUGAUUAUUAAAACAACUUAUUUUUCCUGAUACUUAAAUGGAUUGCAAUAUUAAGAGCUGAUUUACUACACUUGGUAUUUUUAUCAUGGCUCUGUAAAAGACAUAUAAGAUGAAAUUUUCAAAAACUCAACUUUUUAAACCCUUCACCAUAUGAAGUUAAAACUCCCAUUUUAGGAAGAGCCUGCUUUUGAAAAUUCUGCCAAGGGUCACACACAAUAAUUUAUUAUUUUCUUCAUUUUAAUUUCUACUCUGUCUAACAUGGAGGUAGGCACAUCUGCUAUUAAGUAAUGAAAUAAUUUAGAGCGUUGUUAGAAACAAAGUAUUUAUUUUUCUAAAAGUAUAAGAGGCUGGAACAUGCAUGAUGAAGUUCCAUGCCUGACACUACCACUGUCUUACUGCCAGAUUUUCAGCAAGUUGUAGCUUCUGUUGUUUGUGUCUGUGCUAACCUCACCAGGGCACUGGUGACUUCAUGAGUGCUUUUGUGAACUCACUGUAUGCAUUGAACACCAAGCUUAAAAAUGUGAGAAAAAAGGUAGUGGUGGUGAAGCAAUUUGCAAAAUGUAGUUUGUAUGGAAAGCUUUAGAAAUAAAGUAUAAGUUGCAUCA